ACUGUCUUAAGAAAUCUCAUGUACAAAUUUAUAUGCCGGUUAAAUGACUCUGAGAUUGAAAUAAUCUUGCGGUUGUCUAACAUAAGAUUUAACACUACACGGUACCAAUCACAGCGGUGGAGGCAUUGGUAUAGUUCUUUAUAUGUGGCAUUAAUGUAUUUAUAUUUCUAAUCUAUUUUAAUCAUGACUUUUUAUUGUGCAUCUUGUAAUGUAAUGUUUUAUAUGUAAUGUCUUGUUUUUUAUCUGUACCUUGAGUCUGCAAUAAAGUUUGGAUUGAAUUAAUAGGCAGGAAUAAUAAAUGCCUGUUUUCUUUUUAGGUAUCUUCAAUCAUGAUGAAGGAGAGUAUGUUGAUGUUUAUCGUCCUUUGCUGCCUCUGUGUGAGGAUAAGACCUCUGAAUGCAAAGACGUUGCCUGAACAUGACACCAUAAAGGCCCUGUUGAAACGCUCUGAUGUCCAAAAGGUCGAUGUUGAGACAUCCUCUCCACAGGAGGCUACAGUGGACCCAUCUUCAGCAUCUGAAGAGCCUGUAAAUGUUCAGAAUACCUCCGUUCAGGCUGCCGUGCAGAAAACCACAAACGCCUCGCUGAAGGCAGCAGUACAGGUCCCGUCAGGUCUGUCCAGGCUCAUCAGAAUCCCUCUCAGCUUGUCUCUGGACUCCGUCGAUGACAUGUAUUACGGCUGCUCCCAGAAGAUGCUGAUCAACGUGAAACGCCACUACCUCCCCAGGAGCACCAGGGAAGGUCUGCACUCCACAUACACAAAGCUGUGUGCCCUCAAAGCCAUGAAGAAUAAGGACAUGUAUGACCCGCUGUCCUGGAAUCACUUCAGGGCUCUGUGUGCCUACACAGCGGGGUCAUACGACGACCUAAACCGAGCAGUCCGUAGGGGGAAGGCUUCCUACAAGACAUCGUUUCAAUUCCACGCCCUCCACUUCCUGCUGUCUGAUGCCAUCCGGCUCCUCAAACUCAACCAAAGAAGCUGCUUCACCACCUACCGGAGGAGCAAACUGCUCUUCAUCGGGGAAUUAGGACAAACCAUUCGCUUCGGCUCAUUCGCCUCCAGCUCCCUCAACAAGGACUUGCGUCAGUUUGGACGGAGGACCUGCUUUGAGAUAGAAACAUGUUUUGGCGCCUACCUCAAGUCCUAUUCCGAGUUUGACUCGGACGAAGAUGAAGUACUGAUUCCUCCGUAUGAGAUGUUCACUAUUAUCUCUGUGAACGUGACGGGAGAGAACGACUUACACUGUGAUGCUUUCUACAAGCUUGAGACUGCCAGGGUUUACAGCAGUCUCAACUGCCAGGCUGAGGACCUUUAUAAUUAGCAGGAGUGUCCAAUUUUAACACUAUAUCAGUUUAGCUACUGUCACCAGAUCAGCAACAUGUCUAUUCUAUUAUGCUUCACUGUCUUGAAUUCAUUAAAACAAAUGUCUAUUUAGAGAUUGAGAGUUCAUUCUUGACCUUUGAAGCAAAACAGUCGCACCACAACGACCAUUUAGUAGCUGUUCUGGAGCUUUAGAUUGUAUGACAUCAUCUUCCUCAGCAGAUGGACGUAGCCCAGUUGUCAUGAAAUUAGUGAUGUGUCGGACGCGAACGAGCCGGCUCAAAAGAAUACAAAGUUAAUUCAUAUGCUUUAUUUCCAUGUCUGCUGUUAAAUAUAUGAUAAUUAGAAAAUAACUUCUUUGAAUAUGGACUUCUUCUUUUUCAAUAAGUCACACAAUGGUGAGAUUUGUGCCUGAUCAG